AUGGCAUCCAAUUUAUAUGAUUUAGAUUCAAUCAUCGAUGAAAAGAUUAAUCAAUUAAUAAAAGCAAACUUUGAUAAUAUACAACCGAAUAGAUCAAAAAUAGCUAAAGUAAUCAUUAAAUUUCUUGAUCCAAAAUCAAAAAAGGAUAGAAAAAGUAUUUUAUCAAUAACAAACCCAUCAGGAUCAUCUACAGGUGGAGGAUCAACGGCAGUUUCAGCUGGAGGAUGGUUCACAAGUACUUCUGUUCCAACAAAUCAAAAUCAAAUCCUUGAUGAAUAUACAUGGGAAGUUUGGAAUAUACUGGUAGAAUGUUUCCCUAUCGAAGAUUUACUGAUACAAGAUAAUAAUCAAGGCAAGUCAACAAGUGGAAAUAAUCGUAAAGAUUCAACAUCUAGAUCUACAAGUACUUAUUCAUCCGAUCAAAUAAACAAUCCGAAAAUAAAGCAGUCUAUUCAAAGCUUAGAGGCAAAUUUAAUUGACAUUUAUCAAAUUAUUGAAUUAAAUAUAGAUAAUGUCCCUCCUAUAACUUCAACAGCAAGUAUACCAUAUCCAUAUGCAAUCAUAAUAGAUCAAAACAAACCAGACUCAAUAACGACUACCACUUCUACUACAACUUCAAAUCAAUGGUGGAAUUCUUAA